AUGGAAGACAUAUAUUCUCUUACAACUUUAGUGGAAGCUGCUCCAAUUGCAGCAGCUUGUGAAUGUGUUCCUGAUUUCCAAGCUCUUAUAGCUACCUCCACCUCUCUUCUAUAUUACCAUCACAAUACUCUAAAAACUCUUCCAUGAUUUACAAUUCAGUCAUUACAGCCUGUAUCUAUUUGUAUAAAAUCAGAAUUUAUAGCAAUUUUAGUCAGCCAAGGGUCUUUGUUUAUUUUUACAUCUUACUCGUGCCAGUCUGAUCACUUUAAUGCGACCUGGAAGCGGUUUAUUGAAAAAGACUUCUUUUCGGUGCUUGAAAGACCGCAGAUGCCUGAUAAUGUCAUUGAUGAUAUGAUUGAUACUAUAGGGCACUGCUUAGUUAAUAGAGAAAGAAGAUAUGAAAAUCAUUUAGACGUCACCUGUUUGCAGAUAAAUAAUCAGGUUUCGUUUACAGGAAUGGUGUGAUGUGAAGAAUGGAUCAUUGUGAGUACGCUCAGCGGGUCUUUAAUAGUGAUUAAUUCAGGCACGGGGCAGAUGGAAAGAUCAUUUACUCUGCCUAACGGAAUAGCCAGCAUUCAGCUGAUUGAGACUAUGAAAUCUAUAUUAAUCCAUUCUGGGGACAAAAACUGCUGCUUGAUUGCGAUUUCUGAUUUAUUGCUGGAUAUCAAAGAAGGCUUGAAGCCAAAUUAUCUAAAUUUUGGACCUAAAGCCAAAGUUUCCUAUCAAAACUCGUAUAGAGGGCCUAUAAUCGUGGCGACUUAUGAUACUCAUAUAGAUAUUCAUGAUUUUGAAAACCUCCCAAGGCCUACGUUUUCUUUUGCACUGCCGUAUGGUAAUCAUGAUUUUUCUCUGCUAUGGAAAAAGACUGUUUUACUAUUGACUGAAAAUGAUUUGAUGAUUAUUGGGAAAUGCUAUGCUAGCGAAAUAAUGGAAAGAAAGUCAGAUUUAGACAGAAAAGAAAUUAAAAUUUGUGUAUGUGGAGGCUGUAAUGGAAGGAAAAUAGACUCAAUUAACUAUGAACUAUGGACUGCCAGAGGGAUUGAAGAUCUUAAGUUAUGGGAACAUUCCUCAUCUGUAAAGCAAAUCUUUUCUUACUCCCCCCCCAUCCUUGAUCGAACGAUUGACUGUAAAAAUUCCUAAAAAUUGGGAAAAUUAAUCCCCAUCCUUGAUCGAACGAUUUUCAUAUCAUGCAAAAUUUUAUAUAUAUAAAAAUAUAUUAGUUAUCAAAAGUUUGGGAAGAUGUGCAUAAUGAAGUUGUUUUCAGAGACUUUGAGACGACAGAAAGCUUCGGAAUCAACCAUUCGAAGUAAUUUAGUCAUCAACCUAGGCUUAAAAACUCAAUAAUCUAAUAAAAUAGAGAUUCUUUAAAAUUUUUAAAAAAAAAUUUUAAUUUAAUAAGAAACAAAUUAAAAUUUAUACAGUUUAAAGGGAUAACUAAUAAAUCAAAAUAUUAAAAAUUGGUAUUUUUAUGAGAUUAAUUCAAUUUUUUGCUGUAAAAAUAAUUAUUAAAUACUCUUAACACUCUUAUUUAAAAGUAAAUAAAAAUAUAUGUAUAUAUAUAUAUAUAUUUUAUAUAUAAAAAUUUUUUUCCCAAAACAAUUUUUUUUUAACCCCCAUCCUUGAUCGAACGACGGCGAGUCGUUCGAUCAAGGAUGGGGGGGGAGUUAUGCAUUUCAUGAUCAGAAUUUGUAUAUUAUUACAGAUCAAGGGCUGCACUUGAUAACUGAGCUGAAAACUGAUAAAAAAGAAGAACUUAGGAACGCUAUCAUAGCUGGGGACAUUAACUCCGCAAAUAAACUUAUCGUGCUUCUGGAAAGCAGAGGCAUUGACCCAAAAGAAAUUUUAAAUGAAUUGCUCGAAGAAGAAAGUGAAAUGGAAAUAAAAUUCAAAAUUUCUGUGCUUAGCUCAUCAUACCCUUUAGCCACUGCAGAAAAUUAUAUAAGCGAAAGAGGGCUAUGGAUUGAGAUUUAUAAUUAUUUGUGAGCUAUUUUCAGAAAGCUUGAUAAGCACCAGUAUAGGCAUUUUUCGAUAAUUUUAGCUUAUAUUCUUAAGCAUAUAAAUGAAGAAAGCGCUCCUUCUUAUAAAGCUUGGGAAAGCUCUUUGAAAAUUGAACCACUGGCAAAUUCGCAGCUGGAUUCUUUCAAGCCGUUUUAUAAUGAAACAGAAAUAGACUCAGUGGUUGCAUUUUUACUGCCAAUCCUCCAUAAGCAAAAAAGUAAUGAUAUUCCUUUAAACCAAGCCUUUCGUCAAUCAAUACCUGCUUAUUUCAACUCUUUGAAGCCUACCUCACAAAUAAUCCUUCUGAUUUUAGCAGAGCAGUUGUCUCUAGAUCUACCAGCCUCAAAAUUCUUACUCUCCUAUUCUCGAUCGGCCAAUCUCUAGAUUAAGGAUGAUUAUAUAAAGUUUUUAUGACAUUAAUUUUUUAUAUUAAAAUUUUUCUGUCUAAGCACUUCAUUUUCUAGCCACAAGAGGUAUAGUAUGCAAUAUAUUAGCAAAUCUACCAGAAGUCACUUGAAUUGUAAUAAGGAUUAUAAGGUAUAAUUUCUAAUAUUAAUUACUAUCAAAGAUAGGCAUUUAGAUAAAAGUGGGCUGAGUUUCAUGCUUUAAUAUAUAAAAUCAUUCGAUCAAGGAUGGGAGAGGGGUUAGUCUAUGCUGAAAAGCUAUCCUUCUGCAAACUUCUCAGGACAGUCCAAAAACUGUCUGAUGUCGAAUUGCUGUUUUCCUCCUACCACCCUCUCUUCUCAAACCUCGACAACAUUAUAUCGCUUCUUCCCUUAAAAGUGUAUAAGAGUAAUAGCACUUUUACAAUAAAGACGACACAUAUUUACCAUAAAAGAAUAGCAGAAAUAGACCAAAGUUCUUUUGCAUUUGGGUGUGUGGCAGAUGCUCUAGAGCAGUUUUCUGAAGACUUUUUGCAAGCUUUUACUGGGCCUGAGUCUUUUACUAAAGAGUUCAAGGCGUCGCUGACACGAUUUCUAAUGCUUGUAGGGUAUAGCAUAUAUAAAGCAAUAUCUGAUAACAUAGAAGACACUUUAGCAACCCUAUUUUCAAUGCUCCUAGGGAAUUUAAAAGGUUUUUAUGAUCUAACACAAAUAACUCUAAUGGGAUCUGGGCUGAAAUGCUUGCCGAUUUUGUUUUGUGUCUACGAAGCAGAAGGGAAAUGAAGCCACGCAUUUAAAGCAAGACUUCUUGAAGGGAAAAAUGAUGUAAUAAAAUUAUUAGCACUAUUUAUCCAGAAAGAUCAAAGAGAAGAAACACAAGCCUUAAUGAUAAAAUACGCGCACCAAUAUGCACUGCAUACUGGCUACACCACAGAAACUUUCAUAAGCAGGGCUUCCAGUGUUCUGCCAGGGAAUCUAAUACCCCUUCUCCAUUAUGCUGUAUACGAAAAUAAAACUGAAAAUUAA